AUGGGAGAUAGAGUGGAGGAGCCUUUUUUCGAAGACGAGGAAUAUGAAAACGUGUAUGAUAAUUUCAACGCGGAAAUUCACGUUAACAAGGGAACUAGUAACAAUCACGAAAAUGACGCCCUCGUUGAAAAUCCAACCAGCAGCGGGACGGAAAGUUCUACCUCCUCGCAGUGCUUAAACGAGGAUAAGAAGGAUGAUGAGAAGAGUGAUGCCAGUGGAAGCAGUGAUAAGGAGGAAGAACAAAUGAGUAAUAACAGUACAUUAGAGGAGGAAAAAAAGAAGAAGAAAAAAAAAAAGAAAAAAAAAAGCGAAUUGGAAAAGGGAAAAAAAGAAAAUGACAUAAAAUUAGCAGUUAAAAUUGCACUGCAGGUGUUGUUAAAAAGUCAGCCCUUUCCAGUCAAGAGAGAAGAUUUAUUUUCGGUCAUUAAUAUUUUUGUUCCAAACUGUAAUAACAAUGUAAAAAAAAAAAAAAAAAUUCUCAAGUUGUUACAAAAGAAAGUAAAAAAUAUUUUGGCCUUAAAUUUAUUGACUCUGAAUUCGAAAACGAAGACUGAAUAUGUAUUAACCCAAUGUAUUACAUACAGAAAGCAUAACGAUUUUUUGUUGUCCAGUAUGGAUCAUGAUAUAAGGGGUUUCCUUAUUUUCCUCAUUCCAUUUUUCAAUGUUUUUCAUAAUAAAAUCCCCUUGAAUUAUUUACUGUACGAGUUAAAUAAUGUUGGACAUAAGCUGUUAAAAACAAAAGAAGAAGUGGUGAAAAUUUUGAGCUCCCCAAAUGUUCUUUCCACCAUUGCUAACCAUAUUUUAAUGACCAAGCAGCUGAGUGACCCUCUGGACUAUUUAAUAUAUUCCAAAAAGUUGUCCUACAUCGAUUUCAGCAGUGAUCAUCAGUACGAUGAAAGCUCCUUGGAUGGCUUUUACUGCAUACCCACUGCCCGGUUUGAAAGCGAAGUUAACAUGAAGCAAUACAUAACAGAUCUUCUUAGUGUUCCCAAUAAAAAUUUUCAGCUCAAGGAUGUAUAUGUCUUAUUUGAUGAGAAAUACUUCUUGGAUAUUAACUACGAUAAUUUGUGA